AUGCAGAGUCGAGCGGUCGACAAGAGAGCACAAUUCGAGGUCAAAGAGGGCUUGUCAAAGGGCAGCUUGGUCGGUAGAAUACCAGUGCUGGAGGGUUUCACUUAUCGCUUCAACGAGUUGCCUAAGGAGUUCAGCUUGGAUCCGGUCAGCGGUGAGAUCAAGACGGCGAUGCUGCUUGACCGAGAGGCAUUAACAAGCGAUCGCUUUGACUUUGUGGUGCUGUCGAGUCAGCCGACCUACCCGAUCGAGGUAAGGAUUCACGUACUCGACGUCAACGACAACGCACCCGAGUUUCCUGAAUCAAGUAUCGCGGUGAGUUUCUCCGAAUCCGCCGAAGCUGGUACCAAGCUACUUCUCGAUACUGCCACGGAUAAAGAUACAGCGGAGAAUGGGGUCAAUGACGACUAUGUUAUCGUUAAUGGCAAUACCGAUCGCAAGUUUCGACUCUCGGUCACGGCUAAUCCAAGUGGUGAGACCUCUUAUCUGCACCUCGAGACUACGGCCAAGUUAGAUCGCGAGCAAGUCGAGUACUACUACUUGAAUGUGUGUGCGAAAGACAGAGGUAAACCACCGAGAUUAGGUUGCCUAUUGGUGAACGUUACGGUACUCGACGUUAACGACAAUCCACCGGUUUUCCAGCAGAGCGAUUACGUUGUCGCGGUCAACGAGAGUGCGUCGAUUGGUACUCACGUGCUUACAGUUCGUGCAAUCGACAAGGAUAUCGACGACAAUGCUAAGUUGAGUUACUAUCUACCGGAGAAUGAGAGACAAUUUACCAUUGACGCUGAAACUGGUGAGAUAUUAACGGCCGAAAUGUUGGACUGCCCUCAGCAGAGUUGUCAACAAACUCGUCCUGGUGGUGGAUGUCCAAAAAGCUGUGUGAUUACUGUAUUAGCGAGAGAUUAUGGUUCGCCUCGGCAAGAUGCAAGGACUUACGUAACGGUUAACCUCGUCGAUGCUAAUGACCACGAUCCCGAAAUCAAGUUCACCUACUUUCCGCCCACCACUGGAUUUGCAACCGUCGAUGAGAAUGCGGCCAAGGAUUCGAUCGUCGCUGCUGUUGGUAUUAUUGACAACGACGAAGGCUUGAACGGUGACACAACCGUGGAGAUAAAAGCUGGCAAUGAAUUAGGUCAUUUCCAGCUAGCUUACAACACUGAGAGCUUUCAUAUUGUAAGGGUCAAUGGGCGACUGGAUCGCGAGGAAAUUCCCACCUAUAAUUUGACCAUCAUCGCCACUGACAAAGGUACGCCGCCCAGAUCGACCACGGCUUACCUCGUCAUCCACGUUAAUGAUGUCAACGAUCACGAGCCCGCGUUUCAACAGAGCGAGUACUCGGCGGUAUUGUCCGAGCUUUCGCCGAUCGGUAGUUUCGUCGCCAGUAUCACAGCUACCGAUGCGGAUACUGGACUAAACGCACGAAUUUACUACGACUUUGAGAGCGGUAAUAAUCAGAAUUGGUUCGUCAUUGAUCAAGAUACCGGUUUAGUUACCACGAAAGCGCAACUAGAUCGCGAGAUACAAGGCAGCGUAGAGCUUAAGGUAACAGCUCGCGACGGUGGUCCAAAUCCCAAGUACGUAUCCACUCAUCUGCGCGUCACGAUUCUCGAUGAAAAUGACGAGGCGCCGAAAUUUUCGCAGAACGUCGUUCAAGUUACCUUAUCGGAAAAUACACCGGCUAAUAGUUUAGUAGCUACGCUGUCUGCAGUGGAUAACGAUCAGGGUACUAAUGGAAGUGUAGCUUAUAGUCUGCAUCCUAAUGUGUUGAGAGAUUAUCCAAAGACGUUUGCACUGGAUGCGUUGACUGGUCAACUGAUGACAAAAAUAAGUAUGGAUCGUGAGAAGGUCGAGGAAUAUCGGGUCGCGGUGAUCGCCAGAGAUCAAGGUACUCCACCACAAAGUUCUACUGCCACGGUAAUGUUGUCCCUCGAGGAUGUCAAUGAUAAUCCACCAACAUUCUAUCCGACAAGUUAUUUUUUCAAGCUGACUGAAGAUGCUAGUAUAGGUACGAUGGUUGGUAAAGUUCUAGCUACCGAUGCAGAUACUAAGGAGAACGCACAAAUCAGAUACUCGCUAGAAUCUGGUGGUGAAGGAUUGUUCGCAGUAGAUGAAAGAACCGGUGAGAUCUUUCUUCAAGGUUCGAUGAAGCAAGCGCAUAAACAUCUAUUUGAAUUGAUAAUAUCUGCCAAAGACACCGGUGACAGGUCAGCUAUGAAGAACGCGUUCGUUGAAAUUGCACGUGAGGAAAGCUUGGAGUCACUGGAAUUCGGCGCUUCUAACGGUUAUCACUAUAAUAUCACGGAGAACCGAGGCGAUUGCAGCGAGCGUACGUCUUACGACAGAGAAGUUGGCACGGUACAAGUAACAAAUCACCAAACUGGGAGCACAAAAGUCAGUUACGCCAUAGUGUACGGCGACCCGACGGGUAGCUUUAAGAUAAACGAAUUCACGGGAUCAAUAAGCACCGCCGGUUGCCUCGAUCGCGAGUUAACAUCCUAUUAUAGCCUGCAGGUUGUUGCUCGAGUCAGCCUUGCUCACGCGGUCACGAGCGUGAACAUCACGAUCGUCGAUAUUAAUGAUAAUCCACCAAGGUUCCCCACCGAGGAGCGUGAGGAGGAAGUUUAUCUCAAAGAAUACGCUGCGGUUGGCCAAGAAGUAUGUUUGGCACGGGCCCGUGACAGAGAUACCGGUGCUAACGCACGUAUUAGUUACUCGCUCACGCAAAAUCCCAACAAACAAUUUCGCAUCGCCGAGAAUUCCGGGAUUAUCUAUCUGGACAAACCGAUCAAGUCACCACCCGGUACUUUGUUACAUCUUGAGGUGACAGCGAUAGAUUCGGGUCCUCAACCAUUAUCAGCAACACAACAGAUUCGUGUGAUCAUCGAGGACGUUAACGACCAUACUCCUGUAUUCAGAUUGACCAGUUACGAGACAUCGUUGCCCGAGUCAACGCCUGUUAACGAACGAUUCUUUGCCUUGAUUGCAUCGGACAAUGAUCUUGGUAAUAACGGCAGAGUAUUAUACUCGAUUAGUGAAGGUAACUGGGAAAAUCGCUUUGGUAUCUUUCCGGAUGGUCAAUUAUAUGUGAAAAACGUGCUGGAUCACGAAGAACAGGACUACUACGCACUUGAGGUAACAGUCAAAGAUCAGGGUAAUCCACCUCGCAGUUCCACCGUUCCAGUAGUAGUUCAUGUAAUUGAUGAGAACGACAAUGCGCCGCAGUUCAGCAAUUCUAGUUUUACCUUUCAUCUUCGUGAAAAUGAACUAUCUGACACUUUUGUCGGUAAACUUCUAGCUAGCGAUCGGGACGUUGAUCGCAAUGCCGAUCUGACGUUCUCAUUGAGUUCAACCCAACAGGAUUUCGCCAUUGAUCCACGCAACGGGUUCAUCAAGUCUCUACAUCCUUUCGAUCGAGAACAUCUGGUGGCAACAACUGGUAACAACUUGAUCGUCCUAGAGGCAAGCGUGAUCGACAACGGUAUGGUGCGGCUUUCGGACAAGGUAAAGGUCAGCGUAUACAUCAACGACGUGAACGACAAUGCUCCGCAAUUCAAGCGACUGCCAUACAAGGUACAAGUGAGUGAGGGCGCAGCCGUGGGUACUCAAUUGUUGCGAGUGUACACUCAGGACGCGGAUGAGGGGCUGAACGGCGACGUGUUCUACUCGCUGGAGACCAUGACAAAUGAUGAGCAUCAGGAGGGGCAAUUUACGAUAGACGAGGCAACGGGACAGAUCUCGCUGGCAAGGCGGCUCGAUCGUGAGACACGAGACAAUUACCAUCUCACGGUCGUAGCGCAUGACGCCGGAUUAGAGAGCCGACUGUCCUCGAGCGCGAUCGUGCACAUCGAGGUACUCGACGAGAACGACAACAUGCCCCGUUUUCAGGAUAAUAAGCCCAGGAUCUCUGUACUAGAGAGCGCGCCUAUCAGCGAACAGUUGCUUAGGUUCCAAGCGACUGAUGAUGACCUCGGUAUCAAUAGCGAACUUACCUAUGGAAUAUCCGCUGGUAAUAGACGAGAUGCUUUUCACGUUGAUCCAGUUAGCGGUGCUCUCUAUCUUAGGCGACCGUUGGAUUAUGAGGAACAGGAGAUUUAUCAUCUGAAUAUUACUUGUAGCGAUGCUGGCCAUCCGCGACUUAGCAGUGUCAUUACACUGCAGGUGAACGUUGUCGAUGUCAAUGACAAUCCACCUGUGUUUCCUAAUACCGCGAUUGUGCGACAAAUUCUCGAAGGUAUCCCGGUACACAGACCUGUUGUUACCGUCACUGCCGAAGAUCCAGAUUCCGGUGACAACGGGGUUGUCAGUUAUACGAUUGCUAGUCAAGAGCCUGAUGAUCAGAAACGUAGGUUUGGUAUCAAUCCAACAACUGGAGUUAUCCACACUCUGUUACCAAUCGAUCGUGAGGAAAUUGAUACGUUUAAGUUGGUGGUCGUCGCAACAGAUAAUGCUAAACCAGUUUCCGCAAGAUUAAUUGCUGAAAAACAAGUGAUUGUCAUUGUUACCGACGUCAACGAUAAUGCUCCAAUCUUUGUGAGCAUGCCCUCAGCCAUCUUACCAAUCAAAAGUACCAUCCCUUACCAACCUGGCAAACAAAUCAAAGUGGCUCAACUGCAAGCACGUGAUUUAGAUUCCAGCACCAACGGCCUCGUCACUUACGAAUUAUUACGACUCGGUGCCAACUACUCGGACAUGUUUCAUAUCCACCGCAAUACCGGUGAAUUAACCAUGCGGCUACCACGUUCGCCAACAAUCUUUGAGAAACUAACGAAGAUGCAGGUUGGUGUACGUGCAACCGACGAAGCCGUACAAGCCGAAAGACGCUCGUCCGAAACAUACGUGAGUUUGAUUCUACCUGGUGAAGGUGAUGAUACACCAAUUUGGGAACACGCUGGUGGCAAAUUAGAAGGAAGCGUGUACGAGAACGAACCUGCGGGUGCCAGCAUAAUACGCGUGACCGCGCGUAGUCGUCGUUCGAACGAAGAACUCGAGUAUUACGUGACUAACGUGACAGCUGGCGCGGGUGGUCCACAAGUCGAUAAACUAUUCGACGUUGAACCGAAGAGUGGAGUUUUAAGUACAACUGGUCCAUUGGAUAAAGAGGCUGGUGUCGAGUGGUACGAAGUGGAGAUCUAUGCUAUCGUCAGCGGUGGUGGCAAAGCUAGUACAUCGUCUACCAAGGUUCGCGUGAACGUGCUGGACAAAAAUGACGUGGCGCCGAGUUGGGGCUCGGGACCCUGGAGAUUCGAGAUCUCCGAAGACGCACCAGCGAAUACGAUCGUGGCGAUGCUCAAGGCGCACGAUCCCGACAGCAUCGGCACGCUCAAGUACAGCAUCGUGCCGCCAAGCAAGAGUCUUCCGUUCAGGCUGGACUCGGUAACGGGUCAGCUGCGCCUCGGCGAGUCUCUCGAUCGCGAGACCAAGCAGAAUUACAUCCUGAGUGUUCGUGCCGACGAUGGACUCCAGCAGACCGACGUCACGCUUGCCAUUGCCGUGACCGACACGAACGACAACGCGCCGCAAUUCCAAGCGACGGCCUACUCGUUCGACGUGCCGGAGAACGUGGCACGAGGCAGCAAGAUCGGCCAGGUCGAGGCGACGGACAGCGACGCCAUCGGGCCCAACAGCCAGAUCAGCUACGCGCUGAUAUCCGACUGGGCGAACGAUGUGUUCUCGCUGAACCCCAACACCGGCGUGUUCACGCUCACUGCCAGCCUCGAUUACGAACAGGUGCAGCAUUACAUCCUCGUGGUGCAGGCGACCGACAGCGGGCUGCCGUCGCUGUCCUCGACGGUCACGGUUUACUGCAACGUCGUCGACUUGAACGACAAUGCGCCGAUUUUCGAGUCCGGCGCACGCACGCUCGACCUCGCGGAGAACGCGAGCGUCGGCACCAUCGUCACGACCACCAGGGCGCAAGACUUGGACUCGGGGUACAAUGGCUUGGUGGCCUACUCGAUCGCGAGCGGCGACGAGAACGAGGAUUUCGGGAUCGACGAUAAUGGCACGUUGUACACCAGACGCACGCUCGAUAGGGAAGCGAAGGCCAGUUAUAAUUUGCUGUUGCAAGCCGCCGACAGCCCCAGGCUAGCCGCUGCCAAAACUUUGACUACGACUAUUCAGAUGACCAUCAACCUGCUGGACGCGAACGACCAGUGGCCGGAAUUCGUCUCGGCGAGCGAGGCGAGCGUGCCCGAGGGCGCGUCCACGAACGCCGUGGUCAUGGUGGUGAAGGCGGUCGACCGCGACGAGGGGCGCAACGGCCACGUCGAGUACACGCUGGACGGCCGGGACGCGCCGUUCAGCCUGGGCAGCGUGGACGGCGUGCUGCGCGUGGCGCGGCCCUUGGACCGCGAGCUCAAGGCGAACUACAGCCUGAGGAUCCAGGCGAGGGACCGCGGCGAGGCGCCGAACACGGCCACGCAGACGGUGAACGUGCUGGUGCUCGACGAGAACGACAACUCGCCGAUCUUCGAUCAGAAGCAGUACUCGGCCAGCGUGGCGGAGAACGCGAGCAUCGGCGCGAGUGUGCUGCAGGUCUCGGCGAGCGACCUUGACGAGGGUGCGAACGGCCGCGUGCGCUACAGCAUCAGCGCCGGCGACGACAACCGGGACUUCGCGAUAAGCGAGGACACCGGCGUCAUACGCGUGGCCAAGAACUUGAAUUUCGAGAGGAAGGCGCGCUACAGGCUGCAGGUGCGGGCCGAGGACUGCGCCAGAGAUUUACAGCCGCAGCAAGAGUCGAGGCUCGAUAACGCCGAAGUUAUCAUCGCUGUGCUCGAUAUCAACGACAACGCGCCGGUCUUUCUGGACUCGCCGUACGUCGCCAACGUCAUGGAGAACAUGGUACCCCCGAAUUCCGGAUUCGUCAUGCAGGUCAAAGCGUACGACGCGGACACGCCGCCUUACAACGAUCAGGUGCGUUACUUCCUGAAGGAGGGUGACACCGACUUGUUCCGCAUCAAUGCCAGCACAGGAGAGAUUUUCCUGCUCAGACCCUUGGAUCGCGAACUGCUCGCUGAAUACGUGCUUACGCUCGUUGCCAUGGAUACCGGAACGCCGCCGCUGACAGGCGCUGGUCUGGUGAGGAUCACGGUGCUGGACGUGAACGACCACUCGCCGGAAUUUCAACGCCAGGAGUACGUGGCGAGGGUCAGCGAGAAUCUGGCGCGCGGCACCUGGCUGGCUAAUCCCCGUGCGCGAGACAGCGACGAGGGACUGAACGCCAGAAUACGAUACAGUUUACUUGGCGACAAAGCCGGUCGUUUUCACGUGAACUCGAGUACGGGCGAAAUUAUCACGCUUGAACGUCUCGAUCGCGAGCUAAAAGCCGUUUACCAUUUGACACUGGUAGCGCAAGACUCUAGUCCAACAGAACCACGAGCCUCAGCCGUUAAUCUGAUGAUCAUCGUCGACGAUCAGAACGACAAUGCGCCAAGGUUUUCUAGUCCUAGAUACACCGUUUAUGUUCCUGAUUCGACGACCAAAGGUGACUUUGUGUUUGGCGCGAAAGCAGUUGACGACGACGUCGGUGAUAAUGCUCGCAUAGUCUAUCGUCUUCAAGGCAAAGAUUCUCAUCGUUUUACCGUUGAUCCACACAACGGCGUGAUACGCUCAAAAGAGACACUGUCGUCGGGUGGUCACAAUACUUACCAAUUACAAAUCGAAGCGUCGGAUUGUGGCGUCGAACCGCGUUCCGUUACAGCUGAUCUCGUAGUUCACCUUUGGGAGAGACAAUUGUUUCCAAGUUUUCAACCCGCUACAACUACGAGAUUUAUCUUGAAGGAGGAUGUGCCUGACGGCAAAUUAGUGACGACACUCAGUGCUACGACUCCGAAAACUGGACCUGCGAGUGAUUUGGUGUUUGGUAUGGCUGGUGGUAAUGUCGGAGAAGCUUUGCGGAUUGAUUCGCUUUCUGGAGAGGUGGUGAUUGCAUCCGGAUUUGACUAUGAAACAGCACCAUACUACGAAGCAUGGGUCGAAGUUCGUGACUCUGGAAAUCCAUCACUUCGAAGUGUCAUUCAAUUACUCGUCAACGUCACUGAUGCAAAUGAUAAUGCACCUAUGAUGGAUUUGGCUGUUUACAACGCUUCGGUGCCUGAAGAGGAAUAUCCACCGCAAUUCGUGACCAAGAUCUCAGCCAAAGAUGCGGACUCUGGACAGAAUCAAGAGAUCACCUAUCACUUGGUUAACGAUUUCGAAGAGACCUUUAUUAUUGAUGAGACAACUGGUGAAAUCAAUACCAAUGCCAAAUUAGACAGAGAAGAGAUCUCCGCUUACGAGCUUAUUGUAGAAGCUCACGAUCGCGGAAUACCAAGUCUAACCGGCACAGCUACGGUUCUCGUGACUGUACUCGAUAAAAAUGACAAUCCACCACGUUUCAUUCGUCUCUACAGUGUAAACGUUACAGAAAAUUCAGAAAUUGGUGCUUUCGUGAUUUGCAUCACGAGUAGUGAUCAAGAUGCGGGACCAAAUGCUAAUGCAACGUAUAGUUUAACGGAUAAUCCAAGUGGCAAAUUUGCUAUUGAUCCAUACAGUGGCAAUGUUACCGUAGCUGGACACCUUGAUCGCGAAGUGCAAGAUGAGUAUCUGUUGAAAGUGUCAGUGGUUGAUGGUGCUUGGGGUGCCGAGACACCACUAACUAUCACCAUUCAAGAUCAGAAUGACAAUCCCCCUGAAUUCGAGGAAGAGAACUAUCAUUUUCACUUUCCCGAGCUGCAAAGGCGUAUGGCACACGUUGGCACUGUUGUCGCAACCGAUCGUGACAAGCAAGGACCAAAUUCUGUGAUAUCAUACAGUCUCCUGCAACCUUCGGAUUUGUUCAAUGUAGAUCCAGCUACCGGUGAUAUCUUCAGCAAGCGAACACUGAGAUACAAGCAUACUAAACGACCAGCCUCACCAGAAAAUCUAUAUUUUCUUUAUGUAGUAGCAACGGACAAUGGAAAACCACCGCUAUCGACAAAAACAAUUGUCUACGUAAGUAUCGUCGAUUCAAAUAACAACCCACCUCGCUUCGAGCAACGUUCCUAUCUCUGGCCAGUACCCGAGGGUUAUCCUACUAGCAAGAAACUCGCUCAAGUGUUAGCUCUCGACAGCGAGGAUUACGGCGUUAACGCGGAGAUUGAUUACUCGAUAGCAUCCGGCAAUGGUUCCGAGUAUUUCUAUGUCGAACCAAAGAGUGGAUGGGUAUACGCGAAAAAGAGUUUAGCAUCAUUCGAACCUGGUGUCACAUUCAUCUUGACAGUUCGAGCUACCGACAAAGGCGUACCACCUCAACACGACGAAGUUUUAGCAGUAAUAGUGAUCACCGACGAAAAUAAACAUUCACCUGCGUUCGCUGCGGUGAGUUAUCAGGUUCGAGUACCAGAGAAUGAACCAGUCAACACGACCAUUCUAACGGUCAAUGCUGUGGAUUCAGACGAUGGACCAAAUGGAAUGGUACGCUACGAAAUUUCAGCUGGUAACGAGAGACACGAAUUCUCGAUAAAUUCGGUUACUGGUGUGGUUACGAUUCUUAAGACUCUCGAUUACGAUACUAUUCAAGAAUAUCGAUUGAACAUCACCGCAAGAGAUCUUGGUUUUGAGUCCAAGAGUUCCAUCGCUACUUUGACCAUCAAUGUCUCAGACAUCAAUGAUAAUUCGCCAACUUUCAAUCAAAGUCUUUACGAAGCUUAUUUACCGGAAAAUUCUCCACCACAGUACUUUGUGUUUAAAGUGGUAGCAAAGGAUAUUGACUCGCCCAAGUAUGCUAUUAUACAGUACAAAAUCCUAGGUGGCAGUGGUAAAGAACAUUUCCAGAUCGAAUCAAACACAGGUGUGAUCAGAUCUAAAAUCAGCUUCGAUUAUGAAGAAGCAAAUGAGUACACUCUGGACAUAGUAGCUGCCAAUCCAGACACAAAUCCCCAGAUGGUCGGAUUCACAACGGUUCUAGUGCACAUCACGGGAGUGAACGAAUUUUAUCCAAAAUUUAUCCAGCCAGUUUUCCACAUGGACGUGUCAGAAAGUGCAGACGUUGCUACAUCGGUUGGAGUUAUCCAAGCGACAGAUCAAGAUGCUGGAAUUGACGGCAAAGUUUUCUACCUCUUUGUCGGUGCAUCCAACGAUCGUGGAUUCUCCAUUGGACCUGAAACCGGUAUCAUCAGUGUAGCUCGAAGAUUAGACAGGGAGACGCAGAAUCGUGCAAUCCUCACCGUGAUGGCUAAAAAUUCCGGAGGUAUUCGAGGUAACGACACCGAUGAGGCGCAAGUAAUCAUUUCCAUCCAAGACGGCAACGAUCCGCCAGAAUUCCUACAAGACUACUACAAAGCUAGCGUAUCCGAGGGUGAGAAUAUUGGCACGAAAGUACUGACAGUUCGAGCGAUCGAUAAAGAUGUAAGACCCCAGAACAAUCAAUUCUCCUACUCCAUUAUUACUGGUAAUGUUGGUCAAGCGUUCAAAGUUGAUCCGCAAUCCGGUGACGUGGAAACUGCCAAGCUGCUCGAUAGAGAGACGAUUUCUAGUUACGAAUUGAUCAUAGGAGCUAUAGACACUGGUAGUCCACCACAAACUGGUAGUGCUACAGUGAGAAUUGAUUUGACAGAUGUGAAUGACAAUGGACCGACAUUUGACGCGAAUCAAGUUGUUGGUUACGUUAGCGAAAACGAACCUGCUGGAACAAGUAUCAUGACGUUGAGUGCGACUGAUCCUGAUUUACCACCCAAUGGAGCACCUUUCUCAUAUAAAUUGAUCGGUGGCAAGCAAGUAGAUUUGGUCAGUCUUGAAAAGCAUUCCGGAUUAUUGAAGACUACCAGGAGUUUAGACAGGGAGAUUGCGCCUCAACUCGAUCUUUUGGUGGAAGUAGAAGAUUCAGGUAAUCCACGCAUGCGAAGCGAGCACGCGAUAACAGUGCACGUAUUGGACCAAAACGACAGCCCAUCGACGCCACGUUUGGUACACGUGACAGUGCACGCGUUCCAGUCGCGUGCUCCACUUGGUAAAAUCGCCGAUGUCAAGCCCAACGACCCCGAUACCAGCGGCGAUUACAAUUGCCGUAUAGUCGGUACAUCGGCCCUCACUAUACCAAUGGCGUGCGAUUUGCAUGCCACGAAGAUCACCCCAGGUGCCGGCUACUCACUAAGCGUAUCAGGCAAUGACGGGCGUCAUCCAGAUGUGGUAUCUAAAGUAACCGUAGAGUUCGUCACGUUUUCAAACGCCACUGUGGAGAAUAGCGUGACCAUGCAAAUAUCUCGUCUCAAGGCCGCAGAUUUCUUGACCAAGUAUUACAGAGCACUGCUCGAAUUGCUCCAGGGUGAAUUGGAAAUCGGCGAUACGCUCAACAUUUACAGCGUCGAUGAGAAGGACGGGCACAUUGAAGUUUAUAUGGCCGUUUCUUCUCCUCAAGGCUAUCGAACGAGGCAAGAGCUUCGUGAUUUCCUGGAGCAAAAACGCGUGCAAAUGGAAACACUUUUAGAAAGCUCGCAAUUGACAAUCGGCUACUCGCCGUGCAAGACCGAGGCCUGCGACAACAGUGGCAUAUGCAGCGAUAAGAUAGUCGUUCAUGAGACAGUUCGUACCGUCGACAGUCCUACGCUGAUACUCACAUCACCGAGAGUUGUUCACGAGAUGACAUGCAAGUGCAGAGAUGGCUUUACCGGCGAUCGCUGCGAGAAAAAACAGGAUCCAUGCGCGCCUAAUCCUUGUCAUUCCGGCGGACAAUGUCGUCGAAUGGGCUUUGACUUUCAUUGCAGUUGCCCAGCAAAUCGCGAGGGUAAACUAUGUGAACUCGAGCGCGGUGACGUCUGUGCGAGUAAUCCGUGCAGAAAUGGUGGUUCUUGCAAAGAGAGUCCCGACGGCUCAAACUUCUUCUGCCUCUGUCGCGCUGGUUAUCGUGGCAAUCAUUGCGAGGUGCUCACCGACUCGUGCAGACCUAACCCUUGUCUACAUGGCGGACUAUGUGUUAGCGAGAAACCAGGAUAUCGGUGUAGCUGCCUAGAAGGUCGUUAUGGUCGUCACUGUGAACGCUCGACCUUUGGAUUCGACGAGCUUUCCUUUAUGACUUUCCCAGCUUUAGAUUCGAAUACCAACGAUAUAACUGUCGUUUUUGCUACAACGAAACCCAAUGCUUUGCUUCUUUACAACUAUGGACCUCACAGUGGUGGACGCUCGGACUUCGUCGUGCUGGAACUCGUCGAAGGCCGAGUCAUGUUCUCUUGUGGUGGUGCUAGAAGCGCAAUCACGUCGCUCACGCUUAAGAGUGAAAGAUCUCUGGCUGAUGGUAGUUGGAGAAAGAUUAUAGCCACGAGAAACGGAAGAGUCGCCUCGCUGAGCGUUUCAGAUUGCAAAGAGCAUGGUGACGUGUGUGAUGAGUGUAAACCUGGGGAUGGGACUUGCUAUGUUGACGACGUUGGUCCUAUCGGAACCUUGAACUUCAACAACAAUCCUCUAAUGUUCGGUGGUUUAGUCAAUUCCGAUCCAAUCCUCGAGCGACCAGGCCAAGUUCACUCCGACGACUUUGUCGGUUGUGUUCAUUCGGUGUCCAUUAAUGGUCGAGCGCUCAAUCUUAGCAAUCCGCUGUCAUCGCGUGGUGUCCAACCAACGUGCGCCAGAUCAGAGAAUGGACCGUGUUCGAAACCAACAGCUAGAGAGCGAGAUAAUUUAUGUGGGCACGGCAAAUGUUACGACAAGUGGAGUAAGCCAGCGUGUCAAUGUGGUCAAAUUAAUGCGCCGAAUUGUCAAGGUGCUUUGGAAGCAGUCAAUCUCAGCGAGGGUGGUUUCAUCGAGUAUAAGGUGUCUGAAAAACAUCGUCGAAUGCAAUUGCUCGAAUAUCUCUACGGUGGAACGACAUUGUGGCACGGUGGCUUAACGUCCCGCUAUCCUGAAGAGAACGUUAUUCCCCUGAUUCCAACAACUGCACCAGCCAAGAGUAUCCACCUAAUGUUCCGCACAGUGAAACCCGAUGGUGUACUCGUUUACGCGGCCACUAACAAUCAUUACACGUCGGUGGAAUUACGAAAUGGUCACAUAAGUUAUGCCUCUCUACUCAGCUCGCCGGUGAACAUGAGCGGUGACGAGGGCAAUAGUUUGGCCGACGGAAAAUGGCAUAAUCUCACUUUGCACUCGCACGCUCGAGGACUGAAGAUGUACAUCGAUGGCGAAUUGGCUGGCGACGAGUUGGAUUCAGCUGGUGUACACGACUUUUUGGACCCUUACUUGGCGCUGUUGACCGUCGGUGGUGUUAGGCGAGACUUGUAUUUAGCGUACGACGGUUUGCCAAGAUCCUUCGAAGGAUGUUUAGCCAACUUUACGAUAAACGGCGAAGCUCAACCGUUCAAUGGUUCCGGCUCCAUCUUUCCGGACGUCAUUUAUCAUGGCAACGUACAUCUUGGUUGUCGCGGUCCCAUUGGUAUUGCCGCAGCUAGUGCCGCCGAUCCAUUGAGCGUUGGCAUCACUCUCGUCAUCGUCUUCUUUAUCAUACUGUUCGUCGCCAUACUCGCGAGCUUCGUCAUCUUCCGGCUGCGUCGUCAGAACAAGGAGAAGUCGGCUACCACUGUGGUCGUUAACAAGAACACCAACGCGAUUCUCACUGGCAAUUCACUGGUGUCAUCGCAGCAGGACAGCCUGAUGACUAGGCACGAGAACACUUACAUCUCCGACGGUUCGGACUUGCGCAAUAUUCGGCCGCCGGAGCUGGUUUCCAAGAAGUACAAAGAGCGCGAGGUGUCAGCGCCGCAGCGUCCUGAUAUCAUCGAGCGUGAGAUCAGCAAGAAUCCACCGAUCAGAGACGAACAUCCACCGCUACCACCUCCGACGAACGGCCAAGAGCCGGAUCUGCCAGAGCAUUACGACCUCGAGAAUGCUAGCUCAAUCGCUCCGAGUGACAUCGACAUCGUGUACCACUACAAGGGCUACAGAGAUGGAAUGAGGAAGUACAAAGCAACACCGCCGCCCUUAAACAGUUACGCCAAUCAUCACAAGCAUCCGAACCAGCAGCACAGACACGCUGGACCAUUUCCCUCUCGGACGAUGGCGCCGCCGUCUGUAGGCCAAUCAACGCCGACGCCCAAGCUGUUGCAAAGUACGCCUUUGGCGAGAUUGUCGCCGAGUAGCGAGCUGUCGGCGCAGCAGCCGCGGAUACUGACGCUGCACGACAUCAGUGGGAAACCCUUGCAGAGUGCGCUGCUGGCAACCACCUCGUCGUCGGGUGGCGUGGGCAAGGACGCUAUGAAUUCCAACAGCGAACGCAGUCUCAAUUCACCCAUAAUGAGCCAGCUGUCCGGUUCGACUGCCAGCCGCAAGGUACCGCAACAAGUGCCAGAGUCAGUUAACAAUGGUGUGGCCACGGUUCCCAUGGGCCUCACGGCCGAGGAGAUCGAACGGCUCAAUUCGCGUCCUCGAACCUCCAGCCUCGUGUCCACUCUCGACGCAGUGAGUUCGUCGAGCGAAGCUCGCGGGCCCACUCACCACUUGCAUCGAAGGCAUACGCCGCCAGCAGUCAAGCGAAGAAACUCAUCGACCACCGAGGAAAGCGGCAACGACGACAGCUUCACUUGCUCGGAGAUAGACGAGCGCGCCGACGACGACGACGACAUUUACAGCAAACCCGAGGAAGGCACAGCUGGUGAGGAAAGCAAGCACGGCUUCGACAGCUCGUUUCGCGGCUCCCUCAGCACGCUCGUCGCCUCCGACGACGAAAUGUCCACGCGCAUGGGUGGACUUUACCGGCCGACUAUCAAUGCCGAAGCGGCUAAUACUGCGCUGAGUUGGGAUUAUUUGUUGAACUGGGGGCCGAACUUUGAAAGCCUCGUCGGUGUGUUUAUCGACAUUGCCGAGCUGCCCGACGGCAAUAAUCGGGUGCCUAAUUCUUUAAGGCUGCCGAAUAGCAUCGCCAAACCGUCCGAAGAGUACGUUUAGAAUGUGAAUGUGUAUAAUCUUGCCAUAGUGUAAAUUUAUAUUCCGAGGGGUGUAACCUUGUAUCAGGGUUAAUUCCGAUGAAUAAUGUGUACAGUUUUGUUUUGAAAGCCAUUGGUGCAAUGUAGCUUGUAAAUUAUUUCCAAUUAGUACCUUCAUCUUUCCACGAGUCCGUUAGGGUUAUUUCAUUCAAGCCAUAUUGUGUAUACUUGCGUAGGUUUCUAAUGUCAGACUGAUUUAAUUAUUAUAUUAUGACGUAAUAUUGCCAUUUCGUUGUUUAUUCGUGUGGCUUUCGCGAUGUAAAUUAUUCUAUUAUUAUUAUUAUUUUAUUAAUAUUUUGUUGUUUGUAUAUAGGG